AUGGUUGACCGGACGGGAAUGGACCAUCUGUCACAACCUGUCGACGUAUCACGGGAGUUGAUCAAAGCUGCCAUAUUAGACAACGACUUCAUGAAGAACCUCGAAAUGACGCAGAUCCGGGAGAUCGUGGAUUGCAUGUACCCGGUGGAGUACGCAGCAGGUAGCCUCAUCAUAAAGGAGGGGGAUGUCGGCUCCAUCGUCUACGUCAUGGAAGGCAGCUCAUGUGAAACAGCAUUUCACAAGUACCGCCUUACGCCGUGGCAGUAUCCACGAAAUUACGUUUUGAGAAAUCCUCCAGGGACGGAAACCACAGCACACGGUCCGUUUACGGACAAGGGUACCCCCGGUACACGAUUCUUCACGAAGGAUUGCGAUUUCCUGGAUACGGUUCGAUCCAUGCUGUUCUACUUCUGA